UAUAAUCACGUAUUAUAUUAUCCUGACAGGUCUGCAAAUACCACCCAUGAAGUCAUCAAUGUCACCCUCCACACCACGCUGGCUGCUACUACCAAACUGGUGGUUCCUACACCUGCUAAACCUAUCCUUCCAGUUCAGACUGGAGUCCAAGCACAGCAAGAGGAGCAAUCUAGUGGCAUGACAAUUUUUUUUAGUCUUCUUGUAUUAGCUAUCUGCAUCAUAUUGGUGCAUUUACUGAUAAAAUACCGACUUCAUUUUUUACCAGAGAGUGUGGCUGUAGUUUCUUUAGGUAUCCUUAUGGGAGCUUUUAUAAAAAUCAUAGAGGCUCAGAAGCUGGCCAACUGGAAGGAAGAAGAAAUGUUUCGUCCAAAUAUGUUUUUUCUGCUUUUGCUUCCACCUAUUAUAUUUGAAUCUGGAUAUUCAUUGCACAAGGGUAAUUUUUUUCAGAACAUUGGUUCCAUCACUCUCUUUUCUGUAUUUGGCACUGCAAUAUCAGCUUUCAUUGUAGGUGGAGGAAUUUAUUUCCUGGGCCAGGCUGAUGUAAUUUAUAAACUCAACAUGACAGACAGUUUUGCAUUUGGCUCUUUAAUAUCUGCAGUUGACCCUGUGGCUACUAUUGCUAUUUUCAAUGCCCUCAAUGUGGAUCCUGUACUUAACAUGUUGGUUUUUGGAGAAAGCAUUCUCAAUGAUGCAGUCUCUAUUGUUUUGACCAACACAGCAGAAGGUUUGACAAGAGAAAAUAUGUCAGAUGUAAGUGGCUGGCAAACCUUUCUACAGGCACUGGGAUACUUUCUUAAGAUGUUCUUUGGCUCUGCAGCACUUGGCACACUUACUGGUCUUAUUUCUGCAUUAGUGCUAAAGCACAUUGAUUUAAGGAAGACACCCUCCCUAGAGUUUGGGAUGAUGAUUAUCUUUGCUUACCUUCCUUAUGGACUUGCAGAAGGUAUCUCACUUUCAGGUAUCAUGGCAAUCCUCUUCUCUGGCAUUGUGAUGUCGCACUAUACACACCAUAACUUGUCCCCGGUGACACAGAUCUUAAUGCAGCAGACAUUGAGAACUGUUGCUUUCAUGUGUGAAACGUGUGUUUUUGCAUUUCUUGGCCUGUCAAUUUUCAGUUUUCCUCACAAGUUUGAAAUGUCCUUUGUCAUCUGGUGCAUAGUACUUGUUCUCUUUGGUAGAGCAGUGAAUAUUUUCCCACUUUCCUACCUACUCAACUUUUUCCGGGAUCAUAAAAUCACCCCCAAAAUGAUGUUUAUCAUGUGGUUUAGUGGUUUACGUGGUGCAAUUCCUUAUGCCCUCAGCCUCCAUUUGGGCUUGGAACCAAUAGAGAAGCGACAGCUCAUUGGGACAACAACAAUCAUCAUAGUACUGUUCACAAUUUUGCUCCUGGGAGGAGGAACCAUGCCCCUCAUCAGACUUAUUGACAUUGAAGACUCCAAAGCACGCAAGAAGAACAAGAAGGACAUAAAUCUUAGCAAGACAGAGAAGAUGGGUAAUACCAUAGAAUCCGAACAUUUAUCAGAGCUCACAGAGGAGGAAUAUGAAGCCCAGUACAUAAAACGCCAAGACCUCAAAGGGUUUAUGUGGUUUGAUGCCAAAUAUUUGAAUCCUUUCUUCACCAGAAGACUCACACAAGAAGACUUGCAUCACGGGCGCAUACAGAUGAAAACCCUCACAAACAAGUGGUACGAAGAGGUACGACAAGGACCCUCAGGAUCUGAAGAUGAUGAGCAAGAGCUGCUAUAGCAGACCGGGACAGGAGUGCAAUGAGUUUAUCAUUAGAGCAUUAGAAAGAGGAUUUAAAUAUCAAGAGUCUGACGGCACAAAAGCUAAGAAUGAACUUUGAGUUCAGACAUGUGUUGUGCUACGUGUUUAGGUAUGAAACGGCAGAUCUACUGUGCUGGGUAUUGCUACUCAGUGAUGGAAACCCAAGUGUCAGACACUGGACUGAAUGAAGAACAUUUCAUCCAGAAUUUACAGCAUAGAAAAUUUUAUGCAACCUGUUGAAAAGCUGAA